AUGAAUGGUAACUCCCAGAAUGGUAUACUUAUACUUAUAGCCAUUCUAGUGUUUGGCUAUGUUGAACCAGCAUACCAAAUAUUUACAUCGUGGUUACAAGAUAAAACUACUACCAGUAAUGAAAAAUAUUGGAUCAUAGUAAAGAUCAUUAUUGCCAGUUGUCUAUUUUAUAAUCUUAACAAUUAUGCCAAAAGACGACUGGGUAUUUCGUGGGAGAAAGUUUCACAGGAUGAUAUAGUGUUAAUAACGGGUGGAUCAAAUGGAUUAGGAUCAGAACUUGUGGUAGAAUUGGCCAAAGUUAAUAUUGAUCAAAUUAUCAUAUUGGAUAAAGUGAAACCAAAACUUUCCAUUGAUAAGGUGAAGUAUAUUGAAUGUGACUUAUCGAAUGAAGAUGACACCAAGAGUGUGGUACAAAAUCUUAUACAUGAGUUGAAUUCACAGGGCAAACAUAUCAGUAUUUUAAUCAACAAUGCUGGAAUCAGACAUAAUCAAUCAUUAUUGAAUCUUGAUGACGUUAACAUUCGAAAAAUAUUUAAUGUUAAUACAUUUUCACCCAUUCUUAUCUUACGAACAGUUAUCAAGAAUCAUAUUGCAUAUAAUGAGGAUAAGAGGCUAUACAUCGUAUCUAUAUCAUCAAUCUUAGGAGUAUUGGCUCCUAAGAAUUUAUCAAUAUAUUCAGCUAGUAAAGCUGCGAUAUAUCUGAUUCAUGAAUCACUUAGUGAAGAAUUGAUAGAAUAUCCUGAGAUUCGAUUGUUAUUAGUCACACCAGGACAAUUAUCUACUGAAAUGUUUCAAGAUGUAGCCCCUUCCAUGACAUGGCUUGCCCCUAUUGUAUCACCUAACUGGUUAGCCAAAAAGAUUAUAUCGAAAAUUAAUAUGGGAGAAAUUGGGGUAUUAAGUGAACCAUUUUAUGCUAAUUUCUUACCAGCAGUUCGAGCUACACCAUUCAUUGUUCAACGAUUAUGUCGAUACUUUUCAGGUAUGGACACUAAAAUUAUAGACCAAUGA